AAAUUUUUAUUAAAAAUUCAAAAUUUACUAAAAGAAAUGUCAAAUUCUAUGGAUAAUUGGCCAUUGGAGGCAGUCAAUAGAUUAUUAUUAAAAUUAGUUAAUCACAAACCUGUUGGGAUUAAUAGACAUUUUAAUAUGGUUCUCCUUACAAUAUUUUUAAAUAAUAUUUUUGAUUUUGAAGAAGACAUUAAUUUUGAGGAUUAUUUAUGUGAAAAUGAUUUUGAAAUAUUAAAGAAACGUCGACAAGAAGGCAAAAUAGACCCAAAGAAGCCAAUGGCUUUUUCCCCAAGUUAUUCAAUUAGGCCAACAAUUGAACAAGUUGAAGCUAAAUUAAAUGAAUUUUAUGAUUUGGAAUUAAUACAGGAAAAUGAAUUAAUUCCUGAAGAAUUGGAAAGAAAAACUUUAUUUGAUUUAAGUAAAUUCUUUACUCUUCCCUAUAAUUUUCAAACACCUUUGUAA